GUAAUUAUUGAAAAUCAUAACUGGAUAACACGUACUUAAUCCUCAAAGCCAUUUAGGAGUAAGUACGUAUGACCCUGUUAUGUUUUUCAAUAAUUACAAAAAUCACCUUUUUCCAUUUUAAAUAAUUUUUGUAAGAUAAAUGCAUACAAUUUUAUUUUGGCAAAUAUCAUCAAUAAAAAUGAAAUUGACUUUAUUUGAUCCAAUUGUUUGCGAAUUCUUUAUGAAUUAAUGUAUUUAUUCCGCACUCGCCACCUAAAAGUUUUUCCAGCAAAUUUCAAGUUUGUGCGUUUACAUUUAUUUGCAUACCCAACGGGACUUUUUAACUAGUGAGUAUUUCUGGGUGUCGGAAAGUUAUUUUAAAAAACUAAAAACAAUAAAUUUGUGCCCUGAUAAAUUUGUAUUGUGUAGGUAUUAGGAUUUGUAUUGUUUAGGUAACUAAACUAUACAAAUUCAUCAGUCCACAAAUUUAUUGUUUUUAGUUUUUUAAAUAAUAAAAACUAAAAACAAAGUUGUGCACUGAUAAAAUUGUAAUAUUAGCAAUGCUAUAUUAGCAAUGCCUAUAUUAGCAAUGCCUAAAUAAUACAAUUUUAUCAGUAAACAACUUUAUUGUUUUAGUUUUUUUGUUUAAGGAACCAGAAAAGAUUAAAUAUGGAAAAAGAAGCGACGGACAUGAGGCGAAAGAGAUCAAAAAAGUUUUCCCAACUGGAAACCGAUCUACUGUUGUCAUUGGUGUUGUCUUCAAAUGUAAACAGCAUGGAGACAAACCGAAUGACAACAAAGGGGCGGUCGGUGGGAUGGGAGACCAUUUGUGUCACCUUUAAUGCGUCUCCUGGUGUUGUGGUAAGUGAAUCUAUCUUAUAUACAUAUAAUGCUUAUAACUCUCAUUUUUAUUUUUUUAUGCAGCAAAGAACUAAGAAGGAACUUCGGGAACGAUCUGGGAAUAUAAGGAAGGACCUCUAUAAACUUAUAAAAUUCCAGAGAGAAUCCGUCUUGGCUAAUGGCGGCGGCCACCUUCCACCUCACAAGCCACCCAAAAUAUCUUUCGAGCUGACGGAAAUGGUUAAAAGGUAUGCUGCAUCGCUGCAGAUAAAGUUGGCUGGCCUUGAACCACAUGACAGCGACAAGAUGCAUUCGUCAGUUUCAGCAGUUCUCCAAGUUCCCCACAAUGCUCCCGUGGAGGAGUAUGUACCAGCAGUGAAUGUUAGGGGAGAAGUUGCCUCAAACCAUCCAUCAGAUAUAAGCCCACCGAAUGUCACAAGCCCAGAGAAUCCCUCAAUUCUAUCAGACCCACCGAAUCCACCAAACCUAACGUACUCACAAAGCCCACCAAGUCCACCAAGCCCACCAAACCCACCAAACCCACCAAGCCCACCAGAUUCAAGCCUACUAACCCCACUAAAUCCAGCAAACCUACCUAGAGUUUCCACUUUGCCGACCGCACCAAACGCACCUCAAAUGUUUGCGACACAGAAGCAGCGGCGUCAGAAGAGAACAUAUUCCUGUUGCCAAGCCAGUUCCUCAAGCAGCGCCUCAUACUUCGAAGAAAAAACGAAGCUGUUGGCGGAUGAAAAUAAGCGCCGGAACGAAGUGCACGAGCAAAAAAAGGAGGAAAGUGUGCACCGCACCCAAUAUCUUAAACGCUGCGUCCAAAUAAAAGAUGAGGAACUGGCCAUGCGAAAGCACCAAACUGAAUUUUGGUCUCUUGUGACAAAGCAGUAUAUGAAAAAUCCGGGGAACAUAUCGGAAAUAGUAUGUAUGGCUAACAUAGCAAAUAGUAUGGAGUCAACCAACCCCAUCCGUUACGGGGCACCACAACAAUCGUCCAAUAGAUCUGGGACACAAACUGUUGGAGAAGAUGCAAAUGUUAAAGCUGAAUUGGUCUUGGAGAAAUUUAGGAAGUCCUUAUAG